AUGGUCUUGACGCUUAGAAAUAUGGCCUAUAAAUACAAGAGGGUUAGAGCUAAAGAAGAGGAUCCAACAUCAAUAACACAACCAGUCUACGGAAAAGACAUAAAGAGAAAUGGUGUUGAUGAAGAAGUUGAUGAUAAGGAAUGGCCGUCUUGGCUGAGGCCACUUCUCCGGACAAGCUUCUUUGGUCAAUGCUCGGUCCACGCCAAUGCUCACAAGAGUGAAUGCAAUAUGUAUUGCCUUGACUGCAUGAAUGGAGCCCUCUGUUCUCUCUGUCUGCUUACCUUUCACACACACCACCGUGCCAUUCAGGGGCAGAUAAGGAGAUCCUCAUACCAUGAUGUGAUCAGAGUUUCUGAAAUUCAAAAGUUUUUGGACAUAGCAGGGGUUCAGACCUAUAUCAUCAACAGUGCCAAAAUCGUCUUUCUGAAUGAACGGCCUCAGCCAAGGCCUGGUAAAGGCGUCACCAACACCUGCCAGGUCUGUCAGCGUAGCCUCCUUGAUUCCUUCAGUUACUGCUCUCUUGGUUGCAAGAUAGUUGGGACAUCAAAUAAUUUUAAAAAGAAGAGGAUGUGCAUGGGCAUGGGUGGCUCAGACUCGGAGGAGUCGAUGAAUAUUGGCGUUGGGUCUGGACGUGUUAAGGAUAGAAUUCGGAACUUUACACCAUCAACGCCGCCUCAAGCUGCCGUGAAUUACAGAAGUACCAAGAGGAGGAAGGGAGUUCCCCACAGGGCUCCAAUGGGAGGACUUACCCUACAAUACUGGUAGAGUACGUAAUUAAGUAGUACAAUUUGGCUGCUGCUUCUCUCUGUUUCAACUAUUCUACACACAGCCGGCCGGUUUGGAAAAUCAAGACAUGAAGUUGUCUCUUGUACAUAGAAAGAUGCAAUAGAGUACCCGUAUAUAUAC